GCACACUCAGCUCUGCUACAGUCGGAUAGUGGGCACACUCAGCUCUGCUACAGUCGGGUAGUGGGCACACUCAGCUCUGCUGGGCGGGCGCCAGGAGGGACAGGUGCACCAUACCCCUAGUCCUGUGCAGGGCAGUGCCACCAACUCCCACCAAAAAGUGCACACAACUUUCCCUUGACCAGAGCUGUGCUCCGCAGCGCUGCAUUCUGGGUAAUCAGGCAUUUGGGCUUAUUCCAGCUACAGCUCUGAGGAGUUCUGGCCGGUGGAGUCCAGCUGGUUCUUACCCAGUCACCAAAGUAGUACCACCACCCCCAUCAUCCUAGGGUUAGCAUGUGUUCUUUGGAUCCCUAAUAAGAUUCAUACAGAACACUCUUGGACUAGACGGGUUCUAGACUGCGUUCCAGCGCUCUCUUCCCAGUAGAGUUCUAGACUUUAGAGAAGUAAAAAUGCAACGUGAAGGCUGUAGGAUGAGCGGGGGGGUGCAGGAGCCCGCGGCCGCCGGGAUGAUCACUUUAGACGACUUGGACAACAUGACGGACGAGCUGGGCUCCGACUCUGCGUAUAACAGUAACGGAAGCGUCGAGGAAGAAGCCGAACCCAUGGAGGACGGAGAACAGGACCGGCUGCUGAACUACUGGCAAACCGUAGCGAGAGGACAUCAAGUGGAGGUGCCAAACGACAUGGCAGAACCGAUUCAGCAGAUGACACGGAACAGACGGACAGAGGAGCGGCAGACCGUGCCCUUCCUUCUAAUCAGCUGCAAAGAGAAGUGCGGAGAACGGCUGUAUGAGAAGAGGCAGUACGGAAAAGCCAAGUGGGCCUGCAUCAAGAUGAAGGAAGAGCGAUACGAGCAGAGCAUAUGCAUGGGGUUCAUGAAGCUCAUGAGAUACAUCUGCGAACAGAACUCCUUAGGCCUAUACCUGGGCAUGACCAUCCCAAUCCUGACUACCGUGCACAUGGACGAGGCAAGGACGGGAAUCACACGCUCUGUGACGGUGGCUUAUUACAUCCCAGCCCAUCUCCAAGAUGAUCCACCUCAACCGACAGACCCGGAAAUCGUCAUCGAGGAAUGGCCGACGACCGAAGUCUUCUCCAGAUCAUUCCUUGGAGCAACCAACGAGGAGACCAUCAUGCGAGAGAUCUCCCUGCUGGCCGAGCUGCUGGAGUCCCCCGAGCUGUGCCUACAAGACUCCUUUAUCGUCGCCGGAUACACAAACCCAGCGGCCGCCGACCGGCGCAGCGAAAUCUGGUUCCUGCAGGGGCCUUAAUCACGGAGUGUGGACUGGAGCGACUCCGUGGACAUGAAGCGUCUAC